AUGCACGAAGAAGAGAAAUUUAAAAAAUUGCCGAAAACAAACUAUGGCAUCUGCAACUUGCAGUCACUGAACGGGCGGACUGCACUGAAUGCGCAGCUGGUGGAGGAAGUUGCAAAACUGACCGCCACAAACGAUGAUUUGCGAUCGGAGCUGACUGCGACACAGCAAAAGUGGUCGAAAGAUAAGGACAAUCUGCUUCACAAGGCACGACAAGAGGAAAAGGUAUCACGCACACUGGGAUGUUUCGCUGUAUUACAUCAGACCUGA